AGCAUUAUGUGGAUCUGCAAUGGGCUAUGUUUUUCUACGAGGCGGGCAUAGCAAUCCAUGCAGCUGCUGCAAGACAGUUUGAGGUUGCACUUGAGGCCACAACACAAUAUGGUUCUGGAUAUGUGCCUCCUUCUGAACACAUGCUCAGGGAGCCAUUGCUUUGGGAGUGUGUCAAGCUGACAAGUAACAUGAGGGUUGACCAUGAACGAGCAUGGAAGCAUUAUGGCUGCACACUUAUGUCAGAUGGUUGGACCGACAAGAGAGGGUGUCACUUGAUCAACUUUCUUGUGAAUAGCCCAGAGGGGACUUAUUUUUUGGAGUCAAUUGAUGCAUCAGGUGAAGUACAUGAUGCCUAUUUGCUAGCUGAUCUAUUGGAGGAAAGAAUUGAGCAGAUUGGAAAAGAGUGGUUCAAGUUGUCACUGAUAAUGGUGCUAACUACAAGGCAGCAGGCAAGCUUCUAAUGGAUAGGAUUCCUACACUGUUUUGGAGUCCUUGUGCUACACAUUGCCUGGAUCUUAUGUUGGAGGACAUAGGGAAUUUGAAGGAAUUUAAGAAGACUAUUACACGUGCUAGGGGGUCACCAAUUUCAUUUAUAGGCAUGGGAGAAUUCUUAGUGCAAUGAGGGAGAAGACAAAUGGUAAAGAAAUUGUGAGACCUGGUGCUACUCGAUUUGCCACUGCAUAUCUUUUUUUGAAGAGCUUGUAUACGCUCAAGGAUCCAUUGAAGGCCUUAUUUGUUUGUGACAUAUGGACUACCAGCAAGUUAGCAAAAACUAAUGCUGGGAAAAAAACACAUGACACUAUGCUCUCUACUGAAUUCUGGAACUUAGUUGAAGAUUGCCUUGGAGCUUCAGCCCCACUGCUUAUUGUGCUAAGGGCUGUUGAUGGUGAUGAGAAGCCGGCAAUGCCAGAGGUUGCUGCACUAAUGGCUGAAGCAAAGGAAAAGAUAAAGCUAAGUUUUGCCACUCAAAACAAGUCAGGGCUGCUCAAAAAAAAAUCAUGGGAAUUAUUGAGAAACAUUGGUUGAACCAAAUGGAUCAUCCAUUGUAUGGGGAUGCGCUGUAUUUGAAUCCAGGAAAAUUGUUUCCCCUCAUAAAAGCUGAUGAUGAUGAAACUGUUGGGCAGCUAAGGGCUUGCUUCCUUAAAGUGCUUCGAAGAAUGGUACCGGAGAGGGAAAUUCGGAACAAGAUCAAUGAUCAAGCCAUGGACUAUGAGUGUCAAAGAGGAGAUGCAUUUUCAGAUGAAAUGGCUAUAGAAAACAUUGAAUCAAAGAGCCCUCUUGAUUGGUGGCGUUCCUAUGGUGGCUUGGCCAUUGACUUGCAAAGGUUUGCUAGGCGUGUUGUUGGUCUAUGUGCUUCCUCAGCUGGCUGCGAGCAAAAUUUGAGUACCUUUGAACAAAUCCAUACAAAGAAAAGGAACCGGCUGCUACAUAAGAGAUUGAAUGCCAUUGUCUUCAUUUCAUACAACCGCAAGAUGAAAACUAGAUUUCAAAUGUUGCGUCAGAAGAAGAAAAACAUUGAUCUUUUGGUCAUUUCAUAUUUUGAUUGGGACAAUGAAUGGGCUGAUUCGUUGCAUGUACCUCCUCAAGGUCAUCGUGGCUGUGAGUUGGAUGAUGGUCUCACAUGGAACCUUGUUGAUGAAGUUGUUGGAGCAUCAGAAGCACUUCGUGGUCGCAAUCUUCCUAGGACAGCUCAUAGAAACAACCAUGGUGAGCCAAUCACUUACAGGAAACGUGCAAGAAGUUCUGCUACAAUUGUUGAAGAUAAUGAAGAUGAACACAUGGGUUCAGAGAAUGAAGAAGAGGAAGAGCUUCAAGAUCCAUAUGAUGAUGUAGAUGUCACCGGUGAUGAGGAUUCUCCCUCCAAUGAUGCUGAAGAAAACAGAGAUGCUGCUAACUCCAAUGAAUUUGAUGAUGGAUAUUGAGAGCUGAGAGAUGAGAAUUGAGAGAUUUAGACUAAUGCAUGAUGCUUUUGCCUUGUGCCCUACUUAUUAUCUUUUAUUCUGUAAUGUGGUCCAAAACUGUGGACGGGGACCUAUUAAUCAUGUCCACUAGAUUCUAAGCUUGUGGACUGAAGUACUGAACUAAUGAUAUUAGUUAUAUUGUCA